AUGCAGCCGCGCGCUGGAUCAUCGACAAAAAAGCACAAGCCGUCGCCAGCUGAGCCUGUACACCGUUAUGUGAUGGAUAAUUCAAGCUCUGAUAGUGGUUUGACGCGUGAAAGCUUGAACGAAAUGGUGAAUCAAAUGCAGUAUUCUAGCAGCACUGUUUUGUCGGCGUAUGAGAAUGAUCCUUACGUCUCAGCACAGGCGUCGGCCAGUACAAAUGGCUCGAAUCGCUCUGAGUCGGAUGGUUCCAUAGAUGAAACAAACUUGCGCCGCGAGCGAAACCGUAUUGCAGCACGCAAAAGUCGCCAACGCAAGUUGGAUCGUAUUUCAAAUCUUGAGGACGAAAAAAUGCGCCUUGAGCAGCACCGCGAUAUGCUUGUGCAAGAAAUUCGCAGCUUAGAGAAAAAGGAUUCGGUCUCCGCUUCCAACGUCGUUUUGACUAUUACUGAUAAGGAAUAUCAGCAGUUGCAGAAUAAACGCCUUCAAAUUAUAAAGAAUGUUGAAGAGGCCUACAAUUCAGGUGAUAUUUUAUCAACAGUCCAGUACUUCCGCGAUGACUCGAUCGUAAGUGGCCCGCAGAAUUCCGCUGUACACCUGCGGGGCAAGGAUGCUUUGGUGUUGGAUUACCUCUGCACAAAUUAUCUGUUCGGCGAUGUUCGCUUGCAUCAUGUCAAGGUGGACUGUGGUGGUCCGCGAAGUCAGCACUUUCGUGUGCACUGGGCGCUUUCUGGAACAAUAAAGAGCACUGGUGUCAGCAUGAAUAAAGAAUUUCUUGAGCUGAUUGAAAGCGUGAAGGGCCGUCGUGUCACCAUUGAUGGAGUCAGCAAUUUCUCUUUUAGCGGAGACAAAAUUGUUUACGUGCAUCGUACGGCAGAUCAGGCCAAGUUUCUCUCAGCGCUUGUAAACUUGAGUAAGCGGUAA